UGCGCACGCACACACACACGCGCGCGCUGAAGAUCCGCGCACUGAGCGUUUACUAACAACAACAACAACAACAACAAAAACAAACCAGGGGUUGGUUUACCUGUUUAAAGGAGCCGUUUAGACCGCCGGGGAGGACAGGAAGACAAACUGGAGACGAGGAAAGAGUUCUGGGACUUUUUGGAAGAAGGGAAUAACUUGUGGAAUUAAAAAAUAAUAGUAAUAAUAAUAAUAAAAGAGGCGCGCGCGAGGAAGAUGAGGAAUAAAGCGGAUGUGAAUUAGAAACAGCUGGAGUUGAGGUGUUGAGGAAGGAUGGCUUGAGGUGUUUGUUUAUUUAUUUGUCCCCCAUUAUUAUUAUUGUUAUUAUUUAUUGUUGUUGUUUUGGAAGGAAAUCCACGUGCUGAUGCUGGGAAGAAACUUUGACAGCCGGUUUGUGUUGAGUUAGAGGCCGGAAGAGGGUUAAACCACCUGUUUCCGGACUGUCCUGUGUCUUCUGUCCUCAACAUGUCCAAAGUGAUCCAGAAGAAGAGCCACUGGAGCGCGAGAGUGAGCGCGUGCGCGCUGCGGCGGGACGCGCGCGGGGAUGUGAGCGUUCCGCUGCAGGGCGGAGCUGAGAACGGAGAGUUCGUGUCCGUGGGCCGCGUGGAUCCCGGUUCCAUCAGCUACGAGCACGGCGUCCUGACCGAGGGGGACCUGGUGCUGGAGGUGGACUCGCUCCCCGUGUCCGGAUUACCGCUUUAUGACGUCCUGAACGCCAUCAAGAGUUCCAGCGGAACCGUGAGACUCAGAACCGUCCGCCAAGGAAAUAAGCUGAGCAAGGACCUCAAGCAGUACCUGAGCCAGAGGUUUCCGAAAUCUUCAGAGGACUACAAGCUCCAGCAGACGAUACGGGAUAACCUCUACCGCCAUGCUGUGCCUUGUACGACCCGCGCUCCUCGUGACGGAGAGGUUCCCGGAGUCGAUUAUAACUUCCUGUCGGUGGAGGACUUCCUGAAGCUCGAGCAGAGUGGGACGCUCCUGGAGAUCGGCUCUUACGAAGAUGUCUCCUGUGAACCGGACGAGCACCCCUCCGUCCGCCCCUUCGCCCCGUCUCACAGGCUCAACAGCGUCCCGACGGCAACCACGGAGAGCACGCAGAACACACACACACACCCCAGCCACCCCACGGACGAGGACCCGCUGGGCCCUCUACCAGAAAACUGGGAGAUGGCUUACACCGAGAACGGCGAGGUCUACUUCAUCGACCACAACACAAAGACCACGUCGUGGAUCGACCCUCGGUGCCUGGACAAGCCCCAGAAACCCCUGGAGGAGUGUGACGACGACGAAGGGGUUCAUACUGAGGAACUGGACAAUGAUCUAGAGCUGCCCACCGGCUGGGAAAGGAUCGACGAUCCAGUGUACGGGGUUUAUUACGUCGAUCACAUCAACAGAAAGACACAGUAUGAGAAUCCCAUACUGGAAGCAAAGCGGAAGAAGCAGUUGGAGCAGUCGCAGCCUGCAGAAGAGUGGAUAGAAGAGAACGCUUCAAGAGCACCGCUAGCCAGCUACGCCUCCAUUCACCAGGAGACGCCCAGAAGCCCCGAGCCUCCUUUUCCCCCAGUAGAGACCAAACGAGUGAAACCUUUCUUCACACGGAACCCGGCCGAACUGAAGGGAACGUUCAUUAAUACGAAGCUAAAGAAAAGCCGCCGUGGUUUCGGGUUCACGGUGGUCGGAGGAGACGAGCCGGACGAGUUCCUCCAGAUUAAGAGUCUGGUGCUGGACGGCCCGGCUGCUCUGGACGGCAAGAUGGAGACGGGUGACGUAAUCGUCAGCGUAAACGACACUUGCGUCCUGGGCUACACACACGCACAGGUGGUCAAGAUCUUCCAGUCCAUUCCUAUCGGUUCCAUGGUGGACCUGGAGCUGUGCCGAGGCUACCCGCUGCCCUUUGAUCCCGACGACCCCAACACCAGCCUGGUGACCUCGGUGGCCAUCAUGGACAAGGAGCCCAUCAUCGUCAACGGCCAAGAAAGCUACGACUCGCCAUCCAGCCACGGCAGCCAUAACGGCACUGCCAGCGAACCCCCUCGCCCCUUAAGCCCUGCCCACGAGCCCAUCUCCGAUGGUUCACAGGAGCAGCGUUUCGCUGGCGAUGCCGUGACCUUGGCGUCCUCCAUCGCCACGCAGCCCGAGCUGAUCACGGUGCACAUGGAGAAAGGAGACAAGGGCUUCGGCUUCACCAUCGCAGACAGCCCAGGGGGCGGCGGCCAGCGUGUCAAGCAGAUCGUGGAUUACCCACGAUGCCGAGGGCUCAGGGAAGGUGACAUCAUCGUGGAGGUGAACAAGAGGAAUGUACAGAAUCUGACUCACAACCAGGUGGUGGAUCUGCUCAGCAAGUGCCCUAAAGGCAGCGAAGUCACCAUGCUGGUCCAGAGAGGGGUGGCUCCUGCCAAAAAAAGCCCAAAACUGCAGCCGCUGGAGAGAAAAGACAGCCAGGGUAGCCACCGCAGUGUUCCCUCAGACUCGCCUCUCCACUCCUCCCAGGCUCCAUCCACAGAGACGGCGGCCCCGCCUCCCCCCGCCCAGCCGCUGCCCGGCCUGCCACCUCAGGAGCCGGCAACAGACGGCACGCUCGCCAAGAAACCGGACCCGUUCAAAAUUUGGGCCCAGUCCAGGAGCAUGUAUGAAAGUAGGCUGCCAGACUACCAGGAGCAGGAUAUCUUUCUGUGGAGGAAGGAUACAGGCUUCGGUUUCCGGAUCCUUGGAGGGAAUGAACCAGGAGAGCCGAUUUACAUUGGCCACAUUGUGAAGUACGGCGCUGCGGAUGAAGACGGACGCCUGCGCUCCGGGGACGAGUUGAUCUGCGUGGACGGGACGGCCGUGGUGGGCAAAUCCCAUCAGCUUGUGGUACAGCUCAUGCAGCAGGCAGCCAAGCAGGGCCACGUCAACCUCACUGUCAGACGCAAGACAGGAUAUGGAGUGGCGAAGGUGGACGGUGAGGUUCCUCCGUCUCCGGCCUCGUCCCAUCACAGCAGUACCCAGGCUGCGUCUCUGACCGAGGACAAGCGCACGCCUCAGGGCAGCCAGAACUCUUUGAACACGGUCAGCUCGGGCUCGGGGUCCACCAGUGGCAUCGGCAGUGGAGGUGGUGGAGGAGGAGGAGGCAACAGCAGCGUGGUGCCCAGUGCAAUCCAGCCGUACGACGUCGAGAUCCGGCGCGGAGAGAACGAGGGCUUCGGUUUUGUCAUCGUCUCGUCCGUGUCCAGACCCGACGCAGGGACGACUUUCGCUGGAAACACAUGUGUGGCCAUGCCUCAUAAAAUAGGGAGGAUCAUCGAGGGCAGUCCGGCGGACCGCUGCGGGAAGCUGAAGGUGGGAGAUCGUAUCCUCGCCGUCAACGGCUGCUCCAUCACCAACAAAUCCCACUCGGACAUCGUCAACCUGAUCAAAGAGGCGGGAAACACGGUCACGCUGCACAUCAUUCCAGGAGACGAGUCAUCAAACGCAGCGCUGCUGACUAACGCUGAGAAGAUCGCCACCAUCACGACCACACACACACCUCAACAGCAAGCUGCACCUGAGCCAAGAAACAACACCAAACCAAAACAGGAGUCUUUCGAGUUCAAAGCACCACAGGUUCCUCCUCCGCCAGCCCCCACACAAGCUACAAACCAGGAGGGGGAGCUGUACUCGGUGGACCUGGAGAGGGACAGUAAAGGCUUUGGAUUCAGUCUGCGCGGAGGACGCGAGUACAACAUGGACCUGUACGUGUUGAGACUGGCUGAAGACGGAGCAGCAGCACGCAGCGGCAAGAUGAGGGUAGGAGAUGAGAUUUUGGAGAUUAACGGCGAGAGCACCAAAGGCAUGAAGCACACCCGCGCCAUCGAGCUGAUCAAAAGCGGCGGCCGGACGGCACACCUGGUGCUGAAGCGCGGCGACGGUUCUGUACCCGAAUAUGGUGGGUCGAUCUACGAAAACGUCCCUUUCUCGCCAGUCUUCACACCAUGACAGACCAGCAACCCUCCUCUCCCUCCCAUCCCCCCUCCUACACACACACACACACACACACACACACACACGUGCCAGCCCUCUCUGUCAUGGCCUCCUGCUAUUUGGUGAUGGGUUUCUUGAUGUUGCCUUCAGCCUCGUCUUUGCAUCUGAACAGGGGAUGCUGGGAAAAUAAUUCCAUGGGCACAUGCUCAAAAAAAGUGACAGCCUGUAGAAAUUUAUUUCGAAAAGCAUAACUGGAUUUAUUACUUCUCAGAUGCCUCAAGGACUUGUAGGUUUUUAACGCUGAUAAGUAUGCAAAAAAAAAAACCGCAAACUUGAUUAACGUCUGGAGUCAGUGCGGUGUAAGUAACAUAUUUAUGAUAUUUAUUGAAGGUGAAUGUACGCUACUGAGAAGACUUUAAGAGACUACGAAAGCAUCCUUGUACCCUCUCCACCAAGAUACUGUCGUAGAGCUGUUCACGGAUUUUGCCCUCGCUUAGUCCGAGUCCACAGACGCUUCAGUCAAUCCACUCGCUCUUAUUCUCUGUUCGUUAGGAUUCGUCAGGUCACGUGAUUUCAAUCCAGCCAUAAUGUCUGUUGCUGCAUGACGUCUUCAGUACAAAAAUAUUUUUCCAUAAUAUUUAUGGAAGAUUCGUUGUUAAGCGUUCAGAUAUGUGGAAUUUGCCAGUGUUCUUUUCAUGCAUUCGGGUUUUUUUCCUCCAUGUAUUUUGUCAAGUUCAAAAUGUGACGAUUUUUUUAUUUCUUCACAAAUGAUCUCUGUAUAUUUUUGUACCUUUUUUUCUACUUUUAUGUUCAUCUACAUGUUGUCACUUUCUGUUUGUAAUGUACACUGCAUUAUUCACUCUGUGUAUGUGUGUGUUGCAUAUUGUGUCUAUGGAGCUUGGGUCUAUCUGUUUGCUGCUGGGUUUGGUGUUUUUGGUGUUCUGGAUAUCUCUCUGCUAUUAAUGUUUAUUUUUCACUCAGUGGUGGGGGCAUUUUAUGGACAAUCUCUCU